GGGUAUCCUGAUAUGACUCCUCAGACUAUGGAUACUGCUCGUGAUCUAUCACCCGAGGAGGAACAGCUCCUUGUGUUUAACGAUUUUAAACACUAUGAUGAAGUAAUGAAACACAUCAGUGCCAUUAGUGAUGCCACUAAGCUGCUUUGUGAUGAGGAACGCCUUGAAGAAGAAUUAAUAAAAAUCUUUGGUUUGUAUCAGGAACAACCGCAUCUACUCGAUCCUUAUCUACCCAAAAUGAUAUCUGAGAGCCUGGAAGUGGUGAAAACGUCUGAGAACGGGUCGCGUGCAUUUCAUUUCGCUUUUCGUUUGCUCUAUCUAAUGACCAAGACUCGUGGUUACAAAUCAAUUAUUCGGUUGAUGCCGCACACCGUCGACGAUAUCGAACCCACACUGAUGAUGCUAACAGAACAGGAUAUAGGAGAUAAUAAUACAUGGGAAACACGUUAUGUGUUGCUGUUGUGGUUGUCCAUUCUGAUAAUGGUCCCGUUCGGUUUGGACUGUUUGGAUUCUGAAGGUCAACCGCCAAUUGUGGAUCGUAUACUGAAUCAGUCCAAACGCUAUCUGAGUCUGGAUGGACGUACACAGGAGGCUGCUUCGUUUUUGCUUGCGCGUUUGGUGACACGACCGGAUGUAGUGCAAAAACAUUUGGUUCCGAUUGUGGAUUGGUGUCUAGAGCAGCUAAAGAAUGCAGAUUCUACAACGAGCAGAGGUCAAAACUUGAUGUGUGGAGUGCUACGCUCCUUGGCCAACAUUUGCAAAAUUGGACGUCGUCAAGAGCUACUCCCACUCGCCCCACGUCUACUAGAGGCUGUGCUCGAUAUGCCGGACAAUGCGACUAAGGGAAAUUGGAUCUACAGCUUGGAGACAAAACUGCUCCAGCGAAUCGGUUUGCUAUUCUGCCCUCGGCGCUCACUAAACUGGCAGUACCAACGGGGUUGUCGAUCGCUCGCGGACAACUUGGCACCUCGACUUCGUGACACGGGGGAUGGGAGCAAUACUUCAGCCGACAACGCACACACUAAGGUGCCAACAGUUGCCACCAACGGAAUGUCGGAACCGGUGGAUGACGAAGACGAUUUCGAAUUGGAACACGCAGAUGAAGUUGCUGAAGUCAUUGAUCGUUUGAUUAACUCGUUACGUAGCCAGUAUACGGUAGUACGUUGGUCUGCUGCCAAAGGUCUCGGUCGUAUGUGCGCUCGUCUGAGCCGUUCAAUGGUCAACGAUGUUCUGUCUGCACUCAUGGUGCUUUGUACACGCUUGGAACCGUUCACCGCCUGGCAUGGAGCGUGUUUAGCUUUCGCCGAGCUGGGUCGACGAAGCUUGCUGUUGCCGAGUAAAUUACCCGAAGUAAUGCCGGUCAUAAUGCGUGCUCUGUUUUACGACGAACGUUCCGGUGAUCAUAGCUACGGUUCCAACGUGCGUGAUGCAGCUUGUUACGUGUGCUGGGCGUUUGCUCGAGCCUAUCGUGCGGUGGACUUCGCACCGUAUGUCACCCAAGUGGCCCAGUCUCUGGUCUUGGUCAGCCUGUUUGAUCGUGAGGUCAAUGUGAGACGGGCGGCCGCGGCGGCGUUUCAGGAGAAUGUGGGACGUCAGGUCUAA